UUCUCCUUCUUCCUCUUCGUCUCUCUCCUUUUCAGUUAUAUUUCCCCGUUUUGCGUUUCUUUCUCUCCUUCCCUACGAUUUUUAGGGUUUCCUUUUCUUUUUCUCUCCAUUUCUGUUCUAUCUGCGUAAACAUCUCCUUCCAUAGCUUUGUUUCACUUCCUUCGUUGUCUUCUUGUUUCUGUUGUCGAAUCUCGUAAGAACUGCAUUUUAGAGAUCAGUUCUUCUCUGGGUUUCACCUCGUUAAUCAGGUACGUUACGAAGCCUUGCACAAAUAAUGUUCUGUUACCUGCCAUAAAUGCGCCGCAGCUUCGGAGAUGAGAAGUUUUCAGGAAGCCUGCGAUUGAUGGACUGCUCACCCAACAGCAGUGAUAAGAAAACAUUGAAGAGGUGGUUUUUCAUAGACAAAAGGGUUGGCUAAAAGGUUUUAAGGGUUGAAGGUUCUUAACUAUAUUUGACAAACCUGCUGCUAUCAUCAAAGAUCUAGUUUAACCCGUUCUAAGUGUACUUAAAAGUGAUCUGAAGCUAAUGGAGUUAAAGUCCAAUCACUCAUCUCCUGUCCUCACUGAUCCUACUCCGAUAAACAAGUCAAGACUAGGCAUCCACUCCAGUCUGCUGUCCUAUCCACAAUCAGGUGGAUCUUUGUCCUCUGGCAAGUAUAUGACAAUUCCCAGAAAGAAACCUGGGAAGCUUGAUGAUGUCCGCUCCAAUGGUUGGCUGGAUGCCAUGAAAUCUUCAUCACCCCCUCGUAAGAAGCUAAUUAAGGACUUCAAUAUUGAGGUUGCUGCAGAUGAUAUUGAUAUUGCUUAUUGCUCCUGGAUGAUUAAGUAUCCAUCUGCUCUUAAGUCUUUUGAGCAAAUUUCCAAAAAUGCCAAGAGCAAGAAGAUAGCUGUUUUCCUAGAUUAUGAUGGUGUUCUUUCUCCCAUAGUAGAUGACCCUGAUCGUGCCUUUAUGUCUGAUGCUAUGCGUUCUGCUGUCAGAAAUGUUGCGAAGCAUUUCCCAACAGCAAUUAUUAGUGGGAGAAGUCGUGAUAAGGUUUAUGAAUUGGUAGGACUAACUGAACUUUAUUAUGCCGGUAGUCAUGGGAUGGACAUUAUGGGCCCUGUGAGUCAUACAGAGUCUGAUGACCAUCCGAAUUGUAUUAGAUCAACUGACCAACAGGGCAAGGAGGUAAACCUUUUCCAGCCCGCUAGAGAAUUUAUACCUAUGAUAGACGAGGUUUUUAAAACCCUUGUCGAGAAUACUAAAGAUAUCAAAGGUGCAAAAGUUGAGAAUCACAAGUUUUGUGCCUCUGUACAUUACCGCAAUGUAGAAGAGAAGAACUGGCCAACCAUCGCACAAUGUGUUCAUGAUAUUUUGAAAGACUACCCUCGCUUGCGAUUAACUCAUGGGCGGAAGGUUUUAGAGAUCCGUCCUGUGAUUGACUGGAAUAAAGGGAAGGCAGUUGAGUUUCUGCUUGAAGCCCUUGGACUAAGUGGUAGAGAUGAUGUGCUUCCAAUUUAUAUUGGAGACGACAGGACUGAUGAGGAUGCAUUCAAGGUUUUGCGGGAAGGAAGCCGUGGUUAUGGGAUCUUGGUGUCUUCGGUGCCCAAAGAGAGCAAGGCAUUCUACUCUGUCAGGGACCCAUCAGAGGUGAAGAAGUUUCUCAAGGCUUUGGUGAGAUGCAAGAAGUUUGAAGAAGCUUGAAGAAAUUAGGAGCACUAUAAUUGUCAAGCGGAGCAUUUAGUUGCAUGCAAAUAAAUAUUGCACUCAAUUCUUAUUUUGGAUCAUAAACCCAGAAUGAAUCCAGUCAUUUCCAGUGGCCUCAUUAUUUCUAAUCUUUGUCAGAAUUUUGAAAAUUAUUAAUUGAUAACAAAUUAUUUAUAUGAAUAUUUUACCCUUAUUAUUGUAAGGCAUAUUCCCCCCGCUAAUGGGUUUAAUUUUA